AUGGAAGAUAAAAGAGAAUUAUUAAAGCAGCCGUUACACGGUAUUUAUAUACCAAUCUUGUUAAUGUUAGUUGGUACUUUAAUUUUUGGUGUUGAGUAUUUACCGUACACUAUUGCCAUUAUAGUAGUUGUUUGCAGUGUCAAAUUUUAUGAAUCUUACUCCAAGAGACUGUCGAUGGACACCCUCAAAUGGAAAGAAUUUGAGUUGAUUGACAAGACUAUUGUUUCAAGAAACUCUGCUAUUUAUAGGUUCAAGUUGAAGAAUGACGAUGAGGUAUUAAAUAUUACACCGGGACAUAAUGUUGCAUGUUGUAUGGAAAUCGACGGAAAGGACGAGAUUAGGUAUUAUUCACCAAUAUCCAAUCAGUUCGAUACCGGAUUCUUUGACAUCUUGGUCAAGUCUUAUCCUACUGGUAAGAUUUCCAAGAGAUUUGCCAUGCUUAGAGAAGGACAAACCGUCAAAUUUAGAGGACCAGUAGGUAGAUUAGAGUACAAGACCAAUAUGGCUAAGGAGAUAGGAUUAAUUGCUGGUGGUUCUGGUAUCACUCCGAUCUUGCAGGUUAUUACUGAAAUUAUCACUAAUCCCGAAGAUCAAACCAAGAUUUCCUUGAUUUUUGCCAACGAAACUCAUAACGAUAUUUUAUUGAAGAGCGAAAUCGAUGAAAUUGCUAAGAGAUAUCCUAAUUUCGAUGUUCAUUACACUUUGACUCAUGCUCCAACUGGGUGGGAAGGUAGUACUGGGUUUGUGACAAAAGAAAUGGUCCAAAAACAUAUGCCAUCUCCAGAUGCUCAAAAUAAGUUAUUCAUUUGUGGCCCUCCAGAGAUGAAGAGGUCUUUGAUUGACAUUUCAGCCGAAUUGGGUUGGGAAAAGGGUGUUAUGAAGUCGGCUACAGAGGACCAAGUUUUCUGUUUCUGA